AUGGAGAGCAAGUCCCUGAAUACUUUAGCCCUUCGCUGUGCUGCAAGAAAGAUUCCAGCUUCGGAGUUUCUAAAUCUUUAUAAAGAAUUCUAUAAUGAAACUUUUCCAGCAAACUCAAUUGACAAUGAUGACGCCAAGACACAAGAAGGGAGUGGUUCUCAAGAUAAAACUGAUGUUGAAGAAUCCAUAAGUAAACCAGUUGGCUCGAAAAAUGAUCCUGUAGCUAUACUAUGUGCCGAAUUUAUGAAAUUACUCGAGAAUGGUAAAUAUGUUAUCCUAGCUGACUAUGUGGUAGAAGUCUUGUUUGUCAAUUAUCAUUCUGAGUUAGUUCGGGAAUUUCUACCCAAGUUGAAAGACCUAAUGAAUAAGGGUAUUCUAAUACAUUUUUUUUCGAAGAGUUGUGCGUUUUUCGUUAAUCUGACAGACAAUUUGGUGAUUUCUCAACUAAUAAAGGACCUACGAGCAACGAUUGUGCCGUGCAUACUAGAGACCAACUUCUGUGAUAUUUCUAAUGAACUGGUGGUAGCUAUUGCCAAAUUUUUGCAGGCCGUUUUGAGAUUCACACCUCAGCCAAUUCAAAUAAAUUCCGAGACUUAUAGAGAUAAUACAUUCAAUUUGACAAAAAGACUUUCAUUAAUUAACAAAAUUUUAUCUAAGAAAUUUGCAGGAAUUAUAGAUAAAAAACUACAAUUCAAAGAGGUUCUAGGACCGUUUACCAAAGAUUCUACCCUAGACUUUGAUAACUCGCCAUCAAUUACUUCCCCUCAGUUUAUACCAAGCCCUCUCCCAAGCAUGAAGGAAAGAAGUGUUACUUCCUCACAAUCUGCAAUUAAGUAUAAGGAUCUGAAACUUCUACGGUACUAUAAAAACAUAUGGCUCAAUAGUAAACUCAUGAAUUGGCAGCCAUUCGAUUCCGAGUUUAUUUCGAAUUAUUCGGCGAUAAAAUCAAGUCUUUAUCCUGAUCAGGUACAAAAUAUACAAAAUGUAGACCUGUUGUUUACAGACCUUAUUGAAACUGCAUUCACAUGUUUUGCUCAAUUUGUUAGUAACAAACUAUAUCACCAGUCCAAUUCAACUUACAAUCUACUGGAAAGAAAAUGGAUUUUAUUCUUAUCGAAGAUACUACCUCUACUGGUAUAUAAAAAUUCAUCCAGAACUGCGCAUGUUAUAGGUAAUGCGCUUGAUGGCAUUGAUGAUAAGGUCAUCAAAGCAAUCAGUGCUUAUUACCAAGAGAAUGAUGAUGGGCGUAGUCGGAAUGAUGACUUAUUUGAUGACUAUCCUUCUACUAGUCUUGAUAUAAGGCAUGAUUUUAUAAAAUCAUUGACUAUGCUGGGUGUAGUGCCACCUGUUUUCAUUACCAAUUACCUACGAGGCGAUCAAACGGUGGAUUCUAAGGCAUUGGCUACAACAGAUGAUCUGACUUUCACAAAUCAACAAGGAAUUAUUGAGAUAGUAAAUGACAUCCCAAACUUUAUCCGAUCUUCUUUAGAAGGAAUGGAAAUGGAAAAUGUUUCUGAACCUACUUUAGUUUCAUCCAACGGUCUACUACAAGUGCUAUCUAACUUUGAUACAGUUUCACCAACUAAGCAAUUCGAGUUGGCAAAUGCUAUUGUUGACAUGCUUAGUGAAUCAAGCACGACAUUUGAACUUAAUACUUUUGUAAAGUUGACUGCUGUUUUAACUUUUAAUUAUUCCCAUUCUUUGACAUCUAUCCUGAUGUAUGUGACACCUGAGGUUUUAACAAAAUUGUAUCUGGAGUUUGUUGAUAAGCAUUGGAAUUCACAAGUAAUUGGAAAACAGGAAACUGAUGGUGAAUCUCAAUUUGAAAAUGUAAAUAUAUCCAUGUCAUUUAGUUGGGCGAUAUUAAUGUUAACAAUACUUUAUAAACAAUAUCACAUUGAUUUUGUUAGCAUGCGCGCGGACUAUACCACUGAUAAUAUCAAAAAUUCAUUUGCUAUCACGUUUGUGGAAAAUUUACCCGAUAUAUCAGAUUUGUUUUUUAUUGAUGAGAAGAACUCGGAUGAUCCAGAAGUUCAAGUGAAAUCCCACAAACUUGUAAGAGAUUGGUUGAACGAUUUGUUUGUUAAUGGAUCUCUGUCAGAUUCGUUGUUGCAAAAUAUUGAACCAAAGCAACUAGCGAUCCUUGUUCCAUACAUAUUCAAACAAGUCACUUUGGCAAUGGAAAUAGGAGCUGUUGGUGACUUGCAAAAUUUGAUAGGUGGAUUCGAAUAUUUUUUACAGCCAUUUAUGCUAGUUGGUUUAAUAAAAGUAAUGUACUGGCUUGAGCAAUACCUUUCGUGUUUGAAAAGUGACGAAACUGAUGAAAAAUUAAUUCAAAAAGUGCUGUCAUUGUUGAACACCAUUAUAUGCCCUUCCACGCUCAACGAAGACUCAAAAGCAUUUCACUUUGCUGUCCUAAGACUCAAUGCAAUUCCGCUGCUAGGGAUUUUAUAUCAGUUUAGAUCCAAUAAGCAUGCUGAAUCUAAUUAUGGAAUUUACUCCUCAGAUAAUGAGGGAAACCCUACUCUCGAAUUAAUGAUAUCAAGGUUAAUAUCUUCGUUGUCUAUAUCCCCUGUCUAUGAUAUUGAUUCCACUAUCUUGGUCACAGACAAUAAUUUUGUACAAAAGCCACCAAAGUUUCAAAGCUUUUUUGUAACAAAUGAAAUCUCAAUGAAUAAGAUGUUGACUAAUCAAAUGAACUCUUUUUGGAGCUUGCAUAGCAGCACAUAUUAUAAUUUAGACUUUCUGAAGACCCUUAUAGAUACUUUGACCCCAAAACAAUUUUUGUUAGAUGUUUUGCGAACCCUUGAGUAUAAAGUGGAAACCCUAGGUGUUAAAGAUGUAAGAAAUAAAUCCUCCAGCAAUGAAUCGGACCAAGUCAUUGACUAUCUUUUCUAUUUUCUGGUUCUGUAUGAUAUAGAAAACAGUGAAGAUGCAAAGGCCAUGGCGCAGUUCAUGGAAGAUACUGUUGAUAUAUCAAUCAAUGGUGAUUCGGGUAUUGUUAAGCAAGAAACACAACCUAAAUCUGAAUAUAAUCCAGAUGAUGAUAUAGAUAUGUUAUUUGGUGAAAAUGACACUAGCAUGCAAGCCAAUGAAGAAGAUACUCUAGAUAAUAAGGAAUUGAAGAGUGACAGAAACUGCGCUCUUGGAAAGAAUAGACACACAUUUGGAUUCAUAAUACAUGAAAUUAAACUAUCCUACGGAACUUUGGAAAGCGAUUCUAUGUCAUAUGAAGAUUAUAAGAAAAUCUGCGAAUACCACAGCAGAUACUUAAAAAUGUUAAAAACCUGUAUUUUUUAA